AUCAGGUAUCAACAUCACACCAGUACUACUUUUCAACGAAAAAUUCGUCGAAAAUGCCUUGAAUUACUGAGCUCAGGAUCUAAGUAUUAUAAACUCUUCUGGAUUUAGCUUAUAUAUGUUGAAUAUCAAGCCUUUUCUUCUUGUGAUUAAAAGAGGGAAUUAAGGAAGUUAUAAAGUAUGGAAGAUGCUAAUACUCAACCCAAAUGGAAAGGAAAGGAAUGUGUAGAGCUAGGUGGUGCAAAGGCUGAAGAAGUCUGGCCUUUCUUAGCAGACUUCUGCAACCUGAACAAGUGGUUCCCAACUCUUAGUACAUGCAUCAGGGUGGAGGGUGUUGAAGGUCAGCCUGGAUGUGUUCGAUACUGUGCCGGGUUUAAGACCCACAUAGAGCAUUCUGAUGUGAAUCAUGUCAACUGGACUAAGCAAAAAUUGCUGUCCAUUGAGCCAGAUAACAUGGCCUUAAGCUACUCAAUCAUUGAUGGGAAUGUCGGGUUCAACUCGUAUGUGUCAAAGGUGAGAGUUUUGCCGAGAGUUGAUGGGUGUGCUAUUGAAUGGGAAUAUGAGGUUGAGCCAGUGGAAGGGUGGAAACCUGAGACUUUACAGGCAUUUAUUGGUAAUGGACUAAACAUUAUGGCCAAACGGAUGAAGGAAGCUCUGGAACUCGGUGUUUUGAACUAGUGGAUUAACAACAACAACAUCAUAUGAGAGCCUUGAUUCUACUAAAGUGAGGUCGACUGCCUGAGUCAAGAUUUGCUCUAGCUUAUUAGAUGAUCAAUAAUGGAGUUUCUGUUUAUUGCUAUUGUGAUUGUUGUUUUAGUUUCGCUUUUAUUAGUUGUUUCAGAGGCUAUGCCUUGGAAUUAUAAGGGUAUUGUAUUAUGGCAUGGAAAAAUUCAUUUCUGCAUGCUUCUCCUAA